AUGAGCUACGCGAAUAGGCAUUUGGCACGAUCAACUUUCACAAACCUAUCAAAAAGAGCAGAAGAUAUAUUGAAUGACAAUUACAUUCAGUCAUUGAAAUUAGUGGUUUCAAAUUCAAAUGACAAUGUGAAGACAGUCUAUGAUCAUAAAACAAAGUUCAUUGUCGACCUUAAAGAAAGAACGUGCACAUGUAGGAGAUUCGACAUUGAUGAAAUUCCUUGCCCACAUGCAAUGGCAAUACUCAAAGAAUUCAAUCAAGAUCCUUACAAAUUUUGUUCGCAUUAUUUCACAAAAGAAAUAAUACUGAAGACAUAUGAAGAAACAGUAUAUCCAGUGGUAGAUGAAAGUUUGUGGAAUGUCCCAGAAGAAGUGGCACAAAAGAUUGUUAAUACACCACAAGGAAGAACAAAGUCGGGAAGGCCUAGGAAGAAAAGAAUUAGAUCUGCCGAGGAAACUACAAAUCAUAACAAGUGCAGCAGAUGUGAAAAAAAAGGACACAAUGUGAAGACAUGCAGGAAUAUGCCUAAGAAAAAAUGAUCCAAUUUAUUAAAGUUCACUUCAGGUUGAUAUAAGGUUGUUUUGAGGUUCAAAUACAUUUCAAUUAAAAAGACAUAUUGAAGUUUUAAAGUAAUAUAAAUUUCAAUUUCUUUAUAUAUAAAAUGUCCUAUAUAUUAAUGCAA